UUUUAAUCUCUCUCAUCUAAUCUUUCGCGUUCAGCUUCGCUUCCUUUUCAUUCGACGGCACAGGAAGGUCGUGAAACACUGGACAGUGUCAAAUAUUAAGUAGAAUCCGUUUCAACGGUUCUACUAUUACUUCUGGAACGACGUCGAUAAGUUAUCGAUAUUUUCUGACUUUUAAACGAUGGACGACAAACCACAUAAAGCGCAUCGACCUGCGCAGGCGGGGGGUAAAGCUGAAAAGAAAGAAAAGGGGAAAGGAAAGGAGAAGAAGCACGGAUUUAACGAAAAGGCAUUUGCACCCACCUCUGGACACAACGCUAAUCGUCUCGGGCGACGCGCCGCUGAGAAAGACCAAACACGGCUCCACGUUCCGCUCGUGAACCGAACCCCAGACGAUCUCCCUCCGCCGGUCAUCGUAGCCAUCGUCGGUCCUCCCGGCGUCGGCAAGUCCACGCUCCUCAGCAGUCUCGUUCGGCGGUACACCAAACGUAGUGUUUCCGAAGGGUUGAAAGGUCCUGUAACAGUUGUGGCGGGGAAAAAAAGACGGAUAACAUUCAUAGAGUGUAAUAACUCGCUGUGUAGCAUGAUUGAUGUUGGAAAAGUGGCGGAUCUGGUGUUGUUAAUGAUAGAUGGAAGUUUUGGAUUCGAGAUGGAAACAUUUGAAUUUCUGACAAUCCUACAAACACACGGCUUCCCAAAAGUAAUCGGAAUCCUCACCCACCUUGACCUAAUCCGUUCCCCCUCUACCCUCCGUCUGACCAAAAAAUCCCUCAAGAAGCGUUUCUGGACCGAGAUCCACCCAGGGGCGAAGCUUUUCUAUCUCUCGGGUGUGCUUAACGGUCGAUACCCUGAUACAGAAAUCCUGAAUCUAUCCAGGUUCAUCGGGGUAAUGAAAUUCAGACCCCUGGUGUUCCGGAAUACACAUCCGUAUAUCUACGUCGACAGACUCCAGGACCUAACACCUCCUGAAUUAAUCCGAACCUCCCACUCCAAAUGCGAUAGACGUAUAUCCGUCUACGGCUACGUCCGAGGCACCAACUGGCGUGGUCAAGGCCAAAAGGUGCAUAUACCCGGUGUUGGUGAUCUGCUGGUAGAGAGUAUUGAAAAAAUGGUCGACCCCGUACCGAUUAUAGAAAAAGGCGGAGACGAAGAAAAGCGGAGGAGGAUGAGCGAGAAGAGGAAGUUAGUUGUGCAUGCCCCCAUGAGUGAUCUCGGUGGAGUCAGUUUCGAUAAGGACGCGGUGUAUGUUAAUGUGAAAGGGAGCUUCACGAGGAGGGAAGGCGAGGAGGUCGAGGAAGGUGAAGGAGAAAAGAUGGUUAUGGAUUUGCAGGAAGCGGGAAUGACACUGGAUGAUGCGGUGAAGCAAACGAAGAUUCGGUUGUUUGGGAGUUCAGAGAAGCCGUUGGCUGUUGGAGGCAACGACGACGACGACGACGAGCCUUCUUCUGCUGACGAGGUCGAGGACGACUUUGCUUCUGUUGACGACGAGGGAGAAAGUUCAGGCUCCGAGGCCGAACUCGACACACUCAACAAAGUCCAAUCCGACCCUCGAAAUACUGGUCGUUCACAGCCUCGUCGUCCUGCCCGGUCUCUACCUCAGGCUGAAUCUACUGGCAAGGGUCUGGAUUUCGACUCUGACUCGGGUGAUAGUGAUGAAAAUGAAGAUGAAGAUGCCGAGGAAGGCUUUAUCGUCAACGACGACGACGACGACGAAAAUUAUAUAGAGGAGGAGGACGACGACGAAGUCGAAGGUGAAGAUGGCGAAGACCUUGAUAUGGUUGACGAGGAUUCCGACGACGACAGGGACACUGUGCACCCCAAAACCAAACAUCUCGACUCCCAGGCUCUGUCUCUACGUCGUCCAACGCGUAGAGACUGGACGAAAGAUAUUUAUUCAACUAAUCUUUCUCCCGAAGAGAUCGUUUUGCAGCAUUCUUCUUCCUCGUCUUCGUCUUCGUCACUUACAGCGCACGCGCAGAAGAGCAAUGUUGACGUCGACAUGGAUAACGAGGACGACGGGUUUUUCUUCAAGAAACCUUCGAACGACACAGCAAAUACUCUACUAGAUUCGUCGACUACCCUCUCUGACCUCGCGGACAAGUCUAAACCCGAGUUUUCCUCUGCUGAGUUAAACAAAUGGGAGGACGAAGAUAUGUUGGAGAGUAUUAGGAGGUUGUUUAUUACAGCUGUUACUGAGACCACUGGCGAAGAUGGAGGAGGAGACGGAGCAGAAGAUGACGACGACGACGAAUCUGGAGGGGAUUUUGUCGAUUUUGAAGCUACAGGCGGUGACCCUUCCCUAACUUCCGCCUCCGCUCCAUCCACUGCUAAAAAAAUCCCCGACCCACCACCAAUAUCUUCUUCUUCCCGCUCCGCCCUUGCUACCAAGAAGGCACUCCUCAAAGCCCGUUUCGACGAAGAAUACGACGACCCUUCCAAUUCAAACCCCUCAUCCACGUUCUACGACCAGAAAAAAGCCGAACUCACCACACAACAAUCUCUCAACGCUACCGCCUUUGCUUCCAUUCAAGACCCGGAACUGCGUGCACAGCUUGAAGGGUACGUCCCAGGGACUUAUGUUAGGGUGGUAUUGGACGGUGUACCUGGAGAGAUGGUUAAUUUCUUCGAUCCAGAAUAUCCGUUAAUUUUGGGUGGGUUGGGUGCUGGGGAAGGGUUUUUCCCUAUAUCCACCUCCACUACAUCCUCCUCUCAAACUGCUCCCACCCCAUCCUCAGACCUUACCCUCCUCCGUCUCCGCCUCAAACGCCACCGCUUCCAUCCUCGUCCCCUAAAAUCCAACGACCCUCUUAUCCUCAGCAUCGGCUGGCGGCGUUUCCAAACACUCCCCAUCUAUUCCCUCGACGACCAUUCUAUCCGAAUGCGUAUGAUUAAGUACACGCCGGACCACAUGCACUGUUUCGCUACAUUCUGGGGGCCGGGUAUGGUUCCCGGUCUCGGUGUAUGUGCGUUCAAUAGCGUUUAUGAUGGUCCUACAUCUUCAGGUGGAGGAGGAAACGGGUUCAGGGUAUCAGCUACUGGGACUUUACUGUCUCUAUCCCCCGGCACCUCUUCGCCUAUUGUGAAAAAACUCAAACUCACCGGGACACCGUAUAAGGUGUUCAAGAACACUGCAUUUAUCAAGGGGAUGUUUGGUAGUGCAUUGGAGGUGGCGAGGUUUGAGGGUGCGGGGGUGAGAACGGUUAGUGGCGUGAGGGGGGUAGUAAAGAAGGCUGUGGCUGGGGGGAAUAUGGGAGGGAAAGGCGGAGAUGGAGCGUUUAGGGCUGCGUUUGAGGAUAAGGUGUUGAUGAGUGACAUAGUUUUCCUCCGGGCAUGGUACACAGUCCAGCCACGAAAAUUCUACGCUCCCGUCACCUCGCUCCUCCUUCCUUCUCCCACCAUCUCUCCCACCAUCUCCCAAGCCUCAUCCGACGAGUCGCCCCCACAAACCAAAUCCACCUGGCUCGGCAUGCGUCUAACCGGAACGCUCCGCCGCACACUCAACAUCCCCACUCCCCUCCAGCGCAACUCAACAUACACCCAUAAAUCCAUUAUUGAACAAGAACGUACACAAAAGAAAGGAAAGUUUGCUCCGCUGGUGGUGCCGAAGAACCUCAUCCGCGAGUUACCGUAUAAAAGCAAACCAAAGCUCAUAGGAAAGCAAAGCAGCCGAACAUACCUCCAAAAACGGGCGGUGGUCCUCGAGCCUGAAGAAAAACGUGCCGUGGCUCUCUUACAACAGAUCCGUGCACUUAGAAAAGAUCAGGUGAAGAGGAGGAGGGAGAAAAAGGCUGGGAAAAGGGAGGAGAAGGAGAAAAGAGAAGGAGGGAAAGAAAAGGCUGGGGAGGAGAAGGAGAAGGAGAGGAAGAAGAGUGUUAUGAGAAGUGUGGGGAUGAAAGCAAAAAGAGAGGCAGAAGCUAUGGGUGGCGGGAGGCAAGGAAAGAGAAGAAAGGUUGGAUAGAGUACGACGGCGAAUAAUUAUCUCAGUAGAAUUGCAAACAUCACUUCAAACUUCUAUUUCCAGUGAUACUUUGAGUUUUUUCCUCUAUCAAAGGCCAUACACACAUGAAUAUAUAU